CCCCGCCAUGGCCUCCGCGGCCAACCCCGGCCAGGGCGGCUCCGCGCCGCCGCCCGUCGUCCAGCGCGGCAUCGUCAAGAUGGUGCUGUCGGGCUGUGCCAUCAUCGUGCGGGGCCAGCCCCGUGGUGGGCCGCCCCCGGAGCGGCAGAUCAACCUCAGCAACAUCCGCGCGGGGAGCCUGGCACGGCGUGCCAACGCCAGCCAGCCCGACAGCAGGGACACCCCCGACGAGGUGAGGGGUGUGCUGCCCAUCAUCACUGGUGGAAUGCAGGUGCAGGAUGGGACAGUGAUGUGGCAGGCCCAGAAAUUCCACGGAUCAGGAUAA